UUCCUUUCACUGCCCUCUACCCCUGGGCUAGGCCUAAUCAGGACUCUUCAGUCUUCUCCUAUGUAUUUAAGUUAUCUUCAUCUGGCUUACUAGCUAGAUCUCCUUUUCUAGACAAUGGGAAUCGUUAAUACCAAUUUGCGUUAACUAGGAAAGAUCUAAUUCUUGGAGCAUUGCAUGAUGUACCUAGAGUACUCUAGGACAGACUGUCACGUGCGGACGCGCAUGUUUCGUGGAACGACGCGUCCUCUGGCCGCUUCACAACUUGAUCUUGCUGGGUAACAGAAGGUUCAUCACAUUCAUACAGUAAUUAUACUCCAUCCAAUUAGCCAGUCAGGAUGGAGUUACUGGUACAUGUCUGCGCGAAAACCAGCAGAGAAAGGGACGAAGAAUACAGACGAUUCGCAACAUCAUAUCGCAAUUUCGAACUCUCCAGAAUCCAUCACUUGGAUUCAAAAGUCCCUGAUAUCCAGGCGGUGCAAGGCCAACCCCAGUCCAAUUCUGACUUUGAUUUAUACCCUCAAACGCAGAGCGUGAUCGGGGAGUUGCAGCGUUCGUCCGAGGAGCAAUAUAUUGAAGAAACCGAGUCUCUAUCACCUGGGGACGACGAAGAUGAGGAAUCGGACCCUCCCUUGAACACCACGGAUGCACUCGAGGCAGUCCAAGCGCUUUGCGCAGAGAAGCAAUCUUUUUCCUCAGUCCUAGUCCCAUCAUCUCAGAUCCUAAGUAGUCAAUCAUUUAUCGACAAUACGCAAGAGGCCCUCGAUGCUCUCCAGCACUAUGUUCCAUUCAUUCCUACCAAUCCCACACAGAAGCCGUCUAGCAAAGGCAGUGAUUUAAAGAGGAAGGCACCUGAGAAAAUGCCACCAACACAAGAAACGGGGUUUGGAUCGCCGCAUAUGACCCAAAGAGCCGUAUCCGGACCUCUCAGAUCUCAGUCACCGAGCCAAAGUCAAAGCUACACCCAAAUUCAAAGCAUUCAGACCUCAGAGCUGCCCUCGAGUUUUGAUUGCUUCUCGAAAGACCGAUUUCCCCUCAAGGUGCUACAGACUUCCAUGGUUCAUGCGACUUCCCCUGCACAGGGGAUUAAACGUUCUCUAGCAUCACCGCGGAAAGAUAUUAAAAUCUCAAGAGUCAACGCUUCAAAGGAUAUGACCGGCAGAGGAGGGGUACGAACAAGGUUGCCCACGAAACAUAUCGGGCAAGAGGAAAGGGAACCUGUUAGCAGUGGUCCCAGCACUACGUUUGAGCCUGUGCGACGACUAAACAAGGAGGUGGGUUUUAUAUACGGGAGACACCAACCUCGACCUCGGAGUGCUCUACCGGAAGCGGAGAUUACGCCGUCGAAAGACGGGUCAUACAGCCCUCCCUCCCCAGUCGCAUAUCAACCGCCGCCAUCAUCUGCAAUGAAGAAUGAUACGAUACAUACCACCAACAAAACGGUUCCUGACGUGUCCCCCGAACCACCAAGCAAUCUGCCCGCACCAUUAUCCCUCGAGCUGUCUACAGAACUCCCCCCAAUAUCCGCCCUACCUCUAGAAUUCCACUCGCCGCUUCCUACAACCAGCAAUCUCGAUCCAAGUAAACUUCCGUCCUGGAUCACCAGGACACUUGCGAAAACCACAGCGGAUCCUUUGCUUCGACGACAGUACCGUCCGGAAUCAGUAUCUCGACCAGUCAGGCCAGGGGAAAGAGGCCAUUGGCAGUUUGAGACGAGGCAAUGGGAUGUUGCUCGCCAAGUCGAGUUCUGGGAUUAUUUUGGAAAGAUUCUGGAAGAUGGCAGGUGUGGUUGGGGUGUAUGGGCUGCGAGACGAUACGGGGAGGGCUGCGAGGAGUCCCCAACCGGAUUUGCUAAUGAUAGGGAGGGAUCGACGAAAAGGGUGACCUUCGCCCAAACGGGAGAGGCAGAAGGCGAAACGACAGCCCCAGACAGGGGACUUGGAAUAGUCAAGAUAUAUUGCUGGGCCGAGAUUAUAGAGCAUAUCUAUUUGCUCGUAUAUGUUGCAAGCCACAAGUGCAUCAGGUCGACCGCAGCAGAGUGGAUUGAUGGGUCGGGUAAGGUUGUCGUCCGCAUGAGACAAGAAUCAAAGAGCAAUGUUGCUCGAUAGCUGUUGAAUACUGGCAAUUUCCUCAAUGCCAUUCACUUGCUAUGCACUGAUCCAAAUACUCCAGCGGGUUCGCUCUCGAAUGCUAGCUACCGCGCUCUGAGCUUCCUAUUUGGCUCGUCUAGUUCUAUCUCUGACGCGUUAUCAGAAUCGUUGGAAUGAUCCAAGUCCCUACAGUUUGUCACUGUCCAUCUA